AUGGACGACGGCGAAUUGCGACGCUUCAACACUGCCGAGGGGGUUUCGGAAGUGGCUCGGGACCACCGCAACCGCCACGUGAUCCUGGCGGGCCAGCACGCGAUGAUCAGGCUCCCCCUGGCGGGGCUUAAGAUGGUAAAGUUGAAGGAGAAGGGAGUGAUCCUGUUGGGCAAAUACGGGCUGUUCCAGCUGGCGAACAUCUUGGGCUACCCCUGGGGUCUGAGUUUCGAAGUGUUGGAUAACCAUGAAGUUAAACAGAUCUCGAGUCUCAGCGAAGAGAUCGAGUUAACCCGUGACGACUUAACUCAAAUCUUUGCCGAGAACAACCAGAAUAUCAUCAAUGUCGGCGCUGAAAUCCAGGGGUUGCUGCUUCCCGAAAUCACUGAGCUUAAGAAGCUGGGUCCGCUGUCGAAGAUCGGCCAGCAGAUCAUCGAGAAGAUGAUCGCCUCUCACGACGGGUUUGACAAGAAGACGGUUUAUCUGCAACAAAAAUACUUGAAGCGGAAACAGCAAAAGUAUUUGCGUCGAUUUACUGUGGAAUUCGUUGGGGUUAACGAGUUACUUGAAUACCACCAGGAUAAGGAUAUGGUGAAGAUGUUGGACAUGAGCAUGGAAAGUUUGGGGUUGAUGAUGCUGUAUGCCAACGUGCAACCUGGUGGUCGUUACCUUGUAUUGGACGACACCACUGGUGUGGUUACCUAUGCUUUGAUGGAGCGUAUGGCUGGUGAAGGUGAGAUCUUGUUGGUGCACGAAAACGAGUACCCUAACCUUCUGGCGCUUCAAUAUGCUGACUACUCCGAAGCCUAUAAACGUCUGGUCAUUCGGACGAUCGACUGGCUCCAAGUGGUGGAACCUGAGGAACUGCGAAUCCAAUGGGUCGACUACUCCGAGACUGAAAUUGCCGAGUUGAAGGGUCUGAAACGCACCCAAUACUUCCGCCGCAAGCAGCGGGCCCACGACGUCAACUACGCCAUCGACAUGAUGAAGAACGGUGGUUUUGAUGCCCUCAUUUGCGCCACUACUCUCUACUUGCCGACGCUUUUACCCUACGUACUCGACCAGGUCGGCGGAUCAAACCCUAUUGUCAUUUACAACCAGCAUAAGGAGCUUUUGAUGCAAGUGCAGAACAUGUUCACCCUGGACAAGCGGGUGUUGGCGCCGUCGUUGUUUGAGCUGAGGGUGGUGCCGUUCCAAACGGUGCCCGGUAAGAUGCACCCGUUGAUGACGAUGAGAGGUUAUGGCGGCUACGUGUUGUGGGGGACGAAGGUGAUUCCUAAUAGCGACGACAUUGUGGCGGUGGGGAGAGGGAUUCUUAAGCGUAAGCGUGACUCGCUGGAGAGCAAGGAGUCGACGCCGGCUAAUGCAUAA